AUGGUCACUGCACCCUCCUCUGAAGAUAUUGAGAAGGUGGACUCCCCCAUCCAUGCUUCUAUUCACGAUGAAAAUCUCCCUGCCGUUGAACCCAAACUCUCGCGGAAAGGUCUGCCACUUAUUCCUCAACCAAGCGAUGACCCGUUUGACCCUCUCAACUUCGCCAGCUGGCGGAAGAUUCUUAUUCUACUGGUCAUGUGCGUGUGGACGAUCAUUGGACCCCUUAACAUGAUUUCCGUGGCAUCUGCUUUCUUCCCCAUCUCGGAAGAGCUACACAUGAGUCUUAACUCUGUGACUUACCUGGUUGGAGCUCCUUUACUUUCUUACGGAGUCGCAUCCCUGAUCUGGGUUUCUGUGGGCAAUCGCUAUGGUGUCCGUCUUGUGUUUGUCUUCACCAGCCUGGCCACAGGGCUGUUUUGUAUCUGGGGAGCAUUAGCCGACUCAUCAGGAUCGCUCAUUGCCGCCAGGACAUUGGCCUCCAUCUUCUCAGCGUCCCCAGAAACACUCGGACCUCAGGCAAUAGCAGACGUUUUCUUCCUUCACGAUCGUGCCAAAUGUAUGGGACUUUACGUGUUGUUCCAGGCUUCAGGGUUCGCAGUGGGCUCUCUUAUUGGAGGCUACAUUACGGCUGAUCUUGGUUGGCGCUGGAUUCAGUGGACUGUCGCCUUUUUGUCACUUGGGGCCUGCCUUCUUCUUUUCUUGUUCUUUCCGGAGACACAAUAUACCAGACAAUCUGGAAAUCUCCACCACCGUCAGCCCAAGAUCUGGGAUAACUUCAGAUUCUGGGCCGUAUCCGGAGGUGGACGCAGUAAAGUCGACAGUCUCUGGAAGUCCUUUUGUUUCCCUUUCAAGUACCUACCGCAUCCCGCCGUCAUCGCCAUGACCAUUCAUUACAGUAUCAUGUUAAUGGCAACCAACUAUAUGCUUACAUCCAAUACCUUUAUCUACACGGACGUAUACAACUUCAAUAUCAAGCAGAUAGCCUUGACCGGCUUUGCACCAUUGAUUGCAGUAUGGAUCGCCAUUCCGUAUUGCGGCAUCUUAAACGAUGUUGUAAUCUCGAGACUUCGAAAACGCGGAAACUUCUUACCCGAAUGGCGACUCAGCUUUUUUGUACCAACUUGUAUAAUUGGGCCUGUUGGAUGCAUCGUCGUUGGAGUCUGUGCCCAAAACAAAAGUCCUUGGAUUGCUCCCCUUAUAGGCGAAGCCCUAGUCAUGUUCUGCUUUGUUACUGCCAACAACCUUACCCAAACAUAUUUGGUUGAUAUUUACGAAGCUCGAGCAGACGCAACGCUUGUCGUUCUGAAUGGCUUCAAGAACUUUGCUGCCUUUGGUAUUUCGUAUGCAGUAGUGCCCUGGAAUACGUCGGCAGGCUACGCUGAACCCUUUGGAAUUUUGGCAAUGCUGAUAUUUGUCGCCCACAUCCCCAUUUUUAUCUUUUGGUGGAGAGGCAAGCAAAUUCGCGAAUGGAGCGCAAAGCACUGGAAAGAGGCCCAGCCAUCACAUCACGGCGAUGCCUUCUAG